GACAAAAUCCCUAGGCCAGAGGAAGAAGAGCGCAGGCCCGGGCGAGGCGGCGGGCGGAGGCCGGACCGGAGGGGUGGGGACGGCGAGGAGGUGGAAGCCGGCGCUGCGCUCCGCUCAGGCUCGGUUUCAUGUCCCGCCAGGCGAAGGAUGACUUCCUGCGGCACUACACAGUGUCGGACCCCAGGACGCACCCCAAGGGCUACACCGAGUACAAAGUAACCGCGCAGUUCAUCUCAAAGAAGGACCCAGAAGAUGUCAAAGAGGUGGUGGUCUGGAAGCGGUACAGCGACUUCCGCAAGCUGCAUGGAGACCUGGCCUACACCCACCGCAACCUCUUCCGCCGCCUUGAGGAGUUCCCUGCUUUCCCCCGGGCCCAGGUGUUUGGCCGGUUUGAAGCGUCAGUGAUCGAGGAGCGGCGAAAGGGGGCAGAGGACCUGCUUCGCUUCACUGUGCACAUACCUGCGCUCAACAACAGCCCCCAGCUCAAAGAGUUCUUCCGGGGUGGGGAGGUGACCCGACCCUUGGAGGUGUCCGGGGACCUGCACAUCCUGCCUCCCCCUCUGAUCCCCACCCCGCCCCCUGAUGACCCCCGGCUACCCCAACUGCUCCCUGCAGAAAGGAGGGGCCUCGAGGAAUUGGAGGUGCCAGUGGACCCCCCACCAUCCAGCCCUGCCCAGGAGGCCCUGGAUCUCCUCUUUCACUGUGAGAGCACCGAGGAGGCGUCCAGUUCCCCUGCCCGAGGCUCUCUCACUGAGGCUGAGCUUGCCCUCUUCGACCCCUUCUCCAAGGAAGAAGGCGCAGCCCCCAGCCCCACCCAUGUGGCUGAGCUGGCAACGAUGGGGGUGGAGUCGGCAAGGCUGGACCAGGAACCCUGGGAGCCAGGAGGGCAGGAGGAGGAAGAGGACGGGGAAGGAGGGCCCACCCCUGCCUACCUAAGCCAGGCCACAGAACUCAUCACCCAGGCCCUGCGGGAUGAGAAGGCAGGCGCUUAUGCUGCCGCGCUCCAGGGCUACCGAGACGGUGUGCACGUCUUGCUUCAGGGAGUUCCCAGUGACCCGUUGCCUGCCCGCCAGGAAGGUGUGAAGAAGAAGGCAGCUGAGUACCUGAAGCGGGCAGAGGAGAUCCUGCACCUGCACCUGUCUCAACUCCCACCCUAACAGGGAGUGUGCCCUUCCCUGGGACUCUCGCUCCUGCACUGCCAGCCCCUUCUCCUCUCCCCAGGGCUUGGCCCUACCUUCUGGUCUUGUAAUUACAGGGGCCAUUUCUGUAGGUAACUGGACCAAGAAUAAGAAAAAUAAUGAAUUCUCAGCUCCCUGAUUACGCCUGCCACCUUGGAAUCAAGGACUCACACUUCUGACCCUGCCUGUCUUUUUGGGUUUUUUUUGAGUUGGAGUCUCGCUGUGUCGCCCAGGCUGGAAUGCAGUGGUGUGAUCGUGGCUCACUGCAACCUCCGCCUCCCAGGUUCAAGCAAUUCUCCUGUCUCAGCCUCCCCAGUAGCUGGGAUUGCAGGCACACGCCACCACGCCCAGCUAAUAUUUUGUAUUUUUAGUAGGGACCGGGUUACACCAUGUUGGCCAGGCUGGUCUCGAACUCCUGACCUCAAGUGGUCCAUCCGCCUCAGCCUCCCAAAGUGCUGACAUUACAGGAAUGAGUCACUACGCCCGGCCCAUGUCUGUCUGUCUUGAUGUGUGAGCAGCAGCUGUGGUCAUUAAACCAUUAGUUUACCCGUCUAGAACUGGGGUCUGCAAACUCCCACCUGCAGCCAAAUCUGGCCCAUCUCCUUUUUAAUGUAAGGCCUGUGAGAGUGGUUUUUACAUCUUUUUAAUGAUUAAAAAAAUCAAAAUAAUAUUAUGUGACAAUGACAGGUGAAAUUUAUAUGUGACAAGUGAAAAUUAUAUGAAAUUUAAGAGUCUAUAAAUAAAAUUUGUUGGAACACAA